UCUUCUUUGUGAAUAUUUCACAAUCAUUUUUAAGUUGACCUGAUUCGGAGAAGUUGAAGAAGAAGCCCCCUUAGUAACCGAAAUUCGGCACAAUGGGAAUCGCUAAUUUGAUUUUUGUGAGUCUUCUAUUGAUGCAGGGAGCUUUUCUCAUCGAAAGCAAUUUAGAAUGUCAAGACCUUCAGGAAGAGAUCUUCUGCACCGAAGGAAAUAAAACUGGGAAUUGUUAUCAACUACCGUGGAGUGGAAAAUGUCGGAAGACUUGUGGGCGUUGUGACGAGUGCUAUGAUGCUCAGAACAUUGUAACUUGUGGGGACGAACUCGAGAAAGGACACUGCGGUGACACUGAAGUGGCUCAUGUCUGUAGCCAAACAUGUAAUGCGCUCUCCUGUGCUCAG